CUUCCUCCACGCUCUCCUCCAUCAUCGUUUCUGCGACUGCUCCUCAGUAGCUAUGACUUUCCCGCUGAUGCUGCUGGGAGCUCUGCUCUGCUCCCUGACGGUUUCUUCUGAGGUCGUACCCCAGGCAGACUUCGAUGUACAGGGGAUAGCAGGGAAGUGGUACCUUCUUGGAUUUGCCACUAACACCGAGUGGUUUGUGAACCGCAGAGCCAGCAUGAAGAUGGGCACUGCCAUGUUGACCAUAACUGCUGAUGGGGAACUGGACUUUUCCUACACCAGUCUUAACUCCGACGGCUCUUGUUGGAGACUGAACAACGUAGCUAAGAAGACUGAUGUGCCUGGGAAGUUCACGUACACAAGCUUGGGGGAAAUGAAAGACAUGUGCAUGGUCGAUGUGAAGUAUGACGAGUACGCACUGAUUCACACCAUGAAGAGCAAGGGCAGUAAUGCCACCGUUGUCAACAAACUAUAUGGCCGUGCCAUGGACCUCAGUGCUGACCUGCUGGAGAAGUUCAGGCAGUUCUCCUUGGAGACUGGCAUCCUGCCUGAAAAUAUUGCUUUCCUUCCCAAAAAUGCGGAGUGCCCAGCUGCUUAGUGUUCUGCCACCGGUCAUUGUCACAAGGCUGUCUGAAGACUUAAUGUUAACGUUGAUGAAUAUUUUACAAUCAAUCAGUUCAGUUCAUCUUCUCUGCUCUCUCUCAGUUGUUGUAUGAAGAAAAGCUUCCAGCGCAACAAAACAUGAUGUAAAGCCUGGUUUCAAUACACAAUACUUUUCCUUUGAAGAAUUAAAAUGCUCU